AACCCAUCGCUAGUUCGACAAACAACAACAGAUUUUAACAAAAACAGAUCAACAAUGAGCCGACAAACAAAAUUAUUUGGAGAUAAGGCAUUUGACCUGCUUAAGGAAUUGGAGAGAUCAUCUCAGACUAUUCCUGCCUUCGACGACGACGGAGUACGUCAGGUUUUGGAGGAGAUCAAAGCAAUAUUCGAGGAAAACGUGGCCCAGGCAUCUACUUACAAUGCAUCUGGGGAUCGAAGUUUGUGGCCCCUUCUGAAUUUUCGUCAUGCUGCGUUGCAGAGGAACAAGAGGUGCUUGUUGGCCUAUUUAUAUGAGAGGUGCAAGCGGAUCAAGGCCCUACGCUGGGAAUUUGGUCCUAUUAUACCAGCGGAUAUUAAGCAGUCGCUCUGCGAACCGGAGGUGACCUUUUUUAACAACUACUCAAAAUCCCUGGCGGCCUACAUGUGCAGUGCCGGCUACAACCAAGGGUUACCCAUAGAUCUCACCAACAAUCUGCGUCCACCUAAGUCUCUCUAUAUAGAGGUGCGUUGCAUGGAGGACUACGGAAAAUUUGAGCUGGAUGAUGGCGAGGUGAUCCAUCUGAAGAAAAACAGCCAACAUUAUCUGCCUAGGGCUCAGGUGGAGUCGCUUGUUCGCCAGGGAAUUCUGCACCACAUAGCUUAGGAAAGUUAAAUUAUUAAAUAACAUUUAUAAUAUAUUUAUAAGUUUAUGUGUAAAUAAAGUAUGAAUGUGGUAAAAAUUAAA